AUGACUGCAUUGAAGCACUUUGGAACAAGAGACUUAUACGAAAUUUUGCAAAUCGAUAGAGAUGCUCAAAUUCAAGAUGUGAAAAGAGCCUUUUUCAAUAUGGCUAAGAAAUACCAUCCGGAUCGUGUAGAGGAUGCAAUGAAAAUUGAAGCUGGAGAAAAAUUUAAUAUAAUACACAAUGCAUACACUAUUUUGUCACAGCCAGAAAAAAAAAAACUGUACGAUGAAGGUCGAGAUGUCCUCUUUACUAGAAAGACUAUCGCUGCUGGCUGGGAAAUUUACAUGAAACCAGUGCAGAACAAUGACAUUGAACAAGCCAAAAAAAUGUAUCAGGGUUCAAAAAAAGAAGAGGAAGAUUUGAUCAGAGAAUUCAAAGCUGGAAAGGGGAGUCUCACACACAUUUUGAAUAAUUUACCAUUUAUGCGCGUGGAAGACGAAAACCGUAUUAUUGAAACCAUCAAUGAUUUGGUUUAUCAAGGAAAGCUACCGAAAAUAAAAAUUAAGAAAAUUAGAAAAUAA